UGCCACUAGAGGCGCUUACCUAUUAGGGGUCACAAUUUUUUUUCAUAUUUUGGCAUUUCAUCUGUGUAAAUAAGAAAUCAGUCUAGAUAACCAGCACCAUGUCGAGGGCUCCAAUUUUCGACACUCCAUUCACUCGUCUCACUGAACAUUGGUUCACUGCCCAGUCGUCUCGCCAGUGUGCAAUAUUUGAGCAAGAUUUUUACCGAUGUGCUGCAGCUGUUGGUCAGAGGCGGACUAUAGAAGCCUGUGGAAAAGAAAUGGAAGACUUUCAGGAAUGCGUGAAGAGGAACAAGCAGUGGAAAAGAUACGAUGAAAUGCAGAGGGUAAGGAAAGAAAAGAAAGUUGGGUAUGAAGAAAAACCACUGGAUGAUUCGUAUAUACCACCGAAUAGGAGAGUUUAGACAUGUCCAUGGAAAGGAGUACAUGGAAUACAUGUAUAGACUAUUUUGAUCUCCUUGUUGUGUGACAAAAUGAUCCUCAUGUUUUGAGGAGAUACAUUUCUAAUUUCUGGUGUCCUCAGAAGAUCUUUCAAAGGAGGAACAAUGUUUACUUUGGACCAACAAGAAAACAAAGUCAGAGAGGAUGAAGGAAGUUUGAUUCAUAAUGACUGGAUUGUGUGCUCGUGACAUGAUCAAGAUAAUGUCACAUCCUGUAGUCCUAAGAUGCUUGCCAUCGUUCCAUUGCUGGUCCAAAAUGUCUCAUUUGUCAAGGUAUCUAAACCAGGUCCUCAACAAAAACAGGAGAAGUUACUGUGUGCUUGCUAUGUUAACAGUUGUAAAUAAAGAAUUUGUAGAUAUUGGAAGAA